CCGCCCGCCAUCUUUCUUUUCGCUUCUGUCAUUUCCGUGAUCCUCGCGAUUAUUAUAGAUAAUCAAAAUGCAGAACGACGCCGGUGAAUUCGUUGACCUGUACUGCCCCAGGAAAUGCUCCGCGAGCAACCGCCUGAUCCACGCGAAGGACCACGCGUCCGUGCAGCUGGUGAUCGCGGACGUGGACCCCGCGUCGGGGCGCGCCGCCGAGGGCUCCAAGAUGUACGUGGUGUGCGGCGCCAUCCGCCGCAUGGGCGAGAGCGACGACUGCAUCGUGAGGCUCACCAAGAAGGACGGUAUUCUCACCAAGAACUACUGAUGCAGUUAGUUGUGUAAGAAUAAAUUUAUAAAAAAUAAAAAA